GAGAAUGCCCGUGUUGUACUGACACAGUAGCGAUACGGGCUGAGCAGACAUGGAGGCCCGAUUAACCACAGAGGCCCGCGCUGACACAUCCAGGCCCAGCUAACGGCGUGUCGGACCGGAGCUCGGAGCAUCUCGGGGGGAGAUACCACGGACACCGCUUGCUCUGUUGGAUGAUUACAAAAAAAAAUAUGUGGCCACCACGUUGAUACACAUGAAGGCAGGACAGUGAGCCAAAUAAUGUGAACGCCGUUUUUGGACAAUUUCAGAGUUGAAGGACGGAGAAAGAGGGCUGGUCAGCCAAGGAAGGGAGAGAAGCCACCUCAAUACAAGGAGCGCUUCACCCUUGCCGUUAUUCCCUCCCCCUUUCCCCUCCCUCACCCCUUUCCCACCCCAACACAAAAACUCUACCUUGUAUCCACAACUUCCACUCCCUGUAUAACUUGCACGCCGCACUAAGGUUCUGAUGGAUCAGAAGAUUCAGGGGAGAACUGCAACUCCGCCGCCCCUUCUCUCUGGUGCUUCUUCAGGGGAGCGCGAGAAGGAGGGAGGGGGUGGAAAGAAAGAAGAGGAGGAGGAGAAGAAGAGGGACCGAGAGAAGGAGGGAGCUGCCGCUGUCUCUGCUGGUGCAGGAGGUGCAGGUGGCCCAGGAGGUGCAGGUGGCGACCAGUCCCAUUUCUCCAUCAAAGAGAGCAGUCUGUCUGAGGGCAAUGUCAAACUUAAGAUUGGCCUUCAAGCAAAGCGCAUGAAGAAGCCCCCUAAGAUCUUGGAGAAUUACGUGUGCCGACCAGCCUUCAGGGCCACGUUGAGGCAUACGGGUCGUGGAGGAGGCAGUGCUCGUGGAAACCGUGCAGCAGCUACAGGCGAUGGGCCAGGCAGUCAGAGCCAAAGUCCUUCACAGGGCAGGGAAAAAGAGAGGGAAAAGAGUCCCAGUGUAAACAGACCACCAGCCACAUCAUCUUCAUCAGCUCCUUCUUCUAAAGCUCUAACACCACCUCCUCCCGCUCCUCCUCUUGCCAGCACAACCACCGUGUCACCAUCACAAGUGAAUGGAAGUGCUCCAGCAAAAAGGGGCCCACCAAAGACAGAUUGCAAGUCUGAUUCAAAGUCAGACACAAAAGCAUCCACCACCACCACAUCAGAGAGACCCCUUAACCUUCACCGCCCUCCACCAGACUGCAAAACGCAUUCCUCUGGGAAGAAAACACAGCCUCCACAACCCAACGCUCGGACGUCUUCACCUUCUCCACCACUACCUGCAUCAAAAGAACCCAGCUUCGAAGGUGUUAAGUCACCUCAGUACACAUACAGCACAGAAAGUCAGAGAGACAAGGACAAAGUUCAAGGUUGGGUAGCGCCAACAGUCACUGAGAAAUUAGCUCAACUUAUAGCGACUUGCCCGCCAUCAAAGACUCCUAAGCCAGCCAAACCUGCAAAGAUUGAUCCCACUCCUCCUCUACCAAGCUCAGGCUUCAUGGCUCCCACAGCCAAGCAGCGAGACAGGGCUAUGGCCAACAGGAACACAUAUUCAAGAAUGGUUCACCUUUCUCCACCACCUCCUGUGUCAAGACCACCUGGUCGGCCCUAUGGUUCACGGAACAAAGAUUGUGCUUCAGAUAAUCCACCUAGCCCGACACAACUGAUGAAAGAAGAUUCAGAUGGGUCUGAAAAAGCUAGCAGUGGCAACAGCAGCCCAGCAUUCACUUACGGCAAUAACCGCCUGUCGGCCAUGUCAAAGGACGGCAACAACGACAACAGUAGCAUUUCAAAGCAACAUUCUCGUCCUGCUCACUCCCUACCCCACGCAACGUCUUCUCCAUCUUGUCCUAUUUCAUCCUCUUCCUCCACCUCGGCUGAGCAGAGGACGGUGAGUGCAGUGAGUCACCUGAGCUCCCCUGUUCCCUCUCAAGGACACCAUGCGCGAGAGUCCCCUGCCCUGGCAGAGGAAAGCAGUACGGCUGAGAGGGAACAGGACAGGGACAGCCCCAGAGACUUAACCAAGUACCCUCCUUCAAAUGGAACAGGCAAACCAGAGGGGAAAGACAAGGGGCAGAGUAAUCAGUCACUGCGGGUUGAGAGGGGAAAGAGCUCGAGUCCAAGUAAGCGUAGUCCUAAUCGGGAUAGCAGUCGUCCUGGUCGGACUAGCAGCCCCCCUGAGUCUGUUAGACAAAGGGCGCCGUCUCCACCAGAGCCAGACGACGAUGAUGAUGACGAGGAGGAAGAGGAUGAGGAUGAGGAUGAUGAUGACGAUGAGAGCCCACAGACACCUCUAAGAGAUGAUUCUCCCGAUUCAUCACUAGAUUCUCCCGCUGAGCAGGACAGCAAACCCCUUAAAAAACGCAGGGGAAGGAAACCCCGCUGGACGCGUGUUAUGAACAAGGCGCAGAAUCAAAGAGCAUGCCAGGACAGUCCCUUCACAGAGAACAAAACCACCAUGCCUUUAGCUUCAAGCUUGGAAAUGCCAUCACCGCCGGUUAAAAGACCUGUAGGCAGACCGCCCAAUCCAAAUAAGGUCAAACCAAAUCCUGUGCCUCAAAGUCCAGUGUCACAGCUUUUCCCGCCCCAGCCUAAGAAAAGGGGAAGGCCAAAGUCUAAAAUGCCAAGGCUUGACGCACCAGCCCCUGGGAAUCCCCCCAACAAACAGGCCCCUUCUAACGUCUUUUCAUCUCUGCUGAAAUCCAAAGAAGAACAGGAUCCACCUGUUCUUCACCCAGAGGUGGAUCUGAAUCCCCCUAAACCUAUGCCUAGAAAACGUGGACGCCCCAAGCGCCUUCCGCCUACCUUACCCCAAGAGGGCCAGCCUCCCACAUUGGCUCCAGAAGCAGGAGACAUGGGAGACAGGCGGUUCCGCAACAAAGGAAACGGGCAGCUUAUCAUGAAAACUAUUAUCGGCAAGAUUAAUAAGAUGAAAAGUGUGAAGCGAAAGCGUAUUCUCAGUCAGUUCCUCUUAGGCCCAAGAACAGAAGACACCCCUAAAUGCACCACCAGUGGGGUGGCUGGUGCUGUGGAAGCUACAACUCAAUCAUUGUCCUCCCUGGCUGCCUCUUUUGGGGGAAAACUAGGACCACAAAUUAAUGUUAGUAAAAAGGGGACGAUAUACAUGGGAAAGAGGAGAGGUCGUAAACCAAAAGCAGCAUCUAACGUCUCGGCGACAACGCCACCACCAGAACCCUUUCUAUCUCCAAACACCACUUCCCCUCUCCAUCACCAUCAGUCACAAUCCCAGCACCAGCUCUCCUCUUCAGAUGUCUUUCCCUCUCCCUCGCUGUCACAGUCAAGUGGAGGCCACAGUCCCAUCAGCGAUGCCAGCUUUGUGGAGCCCGGUUCGGUGCAUUUUGCAGGUCAUUCUCAUUAUUCUAACACCCAUCAUAGCCACAACACUUUCUCCUUUCCUCCUCCAACCUUUUCGGCCCCUAAUCCUCGUAACCAUGUGCUCGGCACGACUUCAUCGUCUAUGGCCACGGCAGCUUCCCAGAAAAAGUCAUCUUGUCGUGGAUACCACCACCAUCACCACCAUUACAGGCAGCAUUACCAUUAUCAUAAGCUUUCCCCUCCCAGGCCACUCCAUCCCACUUCCCCUGCCCCUCUCAACGAGCUGAAAGAAGCAACUCCAUCACCAGUCAGUGAGUCACACAGUGAGGAGACGGUGCCCAGUGACAGUGGCAUAGGAACGGACAACAACAGCACUUCUGACCGCGGUGAGAAAGCUGGUGGUGCAGGCAGCUUGGGUGGAAUUGGGAUGCCACCUGGGAUCGGCAGUGGAUUGUUAAUGCCGGGGGUCAUGGGCUCAGCUAUGGGUCCAGGGAUGGGACUCAAUUCCAGAGGCAGGCGUCGGCACGCCACUGUACUCAUGGAGCAUCCCUCACCCUCUCCAUCGCCCCACGGGGCAAGGUCAUCUCCUGAUCCCCGGAGACCUCAUCCAGCGGCACCCGCCUCCUCUUUACUGGGACACAAGGAGAAGCAUAAGCACAAAUGUAAACGCCGCAGCCAUGGCUGCCCUGGCUAUGAGAAGCUUAAGAGACAGAAGAGGAAACGCAAGAAGAAGUACUUACAGCUGCGGUCCAGGCGGCUCGAUCCAGACUUUCUUGCUGAGCUGGAUGAGAUUGUCGUGAGACUAAGUGAAAUUCGGAUAGCUCACCGGACGACAGGACACCGGCUCGGCAGUGGAAUUGGAAUACCAGCUGGAUCAAGUAGAGUGCCAGGUGUGGGAAGUAGGUCCAGUGGUGGCAUAGGUGGCACUGGCGGCCCACCUCCACAUCAUUAUGUUCACAGGGACCUCCUGCCUACAAUCUUCAGGGUUAAUUUUGGCAGCUUUUACUCCCAUCCUGCAUAUUCCUGCGACCCCUUGCACUAUGUUCGUAAACCAGACAUGAAGAAGAAACGAGGACGUCCUCCCAAACUGAGAGAAUCAAUGUCAGAAGUUCCCUUUGUACCUGGGCUAGGAUUCCCUCUCUCGAGCGGAGGCUUCUACCACCCUUCUUACAGCGUUCCUUACUCUUCUGGGCCCCUGGGUUUGGGCUAUUACAGAGGCUUUCCUCCAGCAAGCGCUCUGUAUCCUCACCCGCACCACCAGUCACCACAUGGAGGCCCAUCCCACCACUCUCACCACUCCCCAUCUUUCCCCCCUCCUCCACCGACAUCUUACAUGCAUCAUCACCACCCUUCACAUCUCCUGCUGAACCCUUCCAAAUUUCAUAAGAAAAAACACAAGCUGCUUAGGCAGGAGUACCUGGGUGCAGGAAGGUCCCCUGUCCUGUACCCACCCAUGUCAUCUGAGCUUUCCUUCAACUGGCACCACAAACAUAAACACAGGCACAAACAUAGAGAACGCUGUGCAGAGGAGGACAGAGAGGAAGCAGCAAGAGGUGGAUCAGGGAGCAGGUCUAGUGCAGGGAUUUCUGACAGUGGGCCAUCAAGUAAAGGAGAGCGAGUUGGCACUUUGGGAAUGGCAGAGUCUUUACAACGAUGCCGCUUUGGCCGAGACGCCACCACCAGCACCAGUGGCAGCAAGCAAACUGCCACCACCUCUGCCAACUCCCCUUCUUCUUCCUCAUCCUCAUCUGCAGAAAGGUACAAGCGCAAAGAGAGCUCCAUGUCCUGUCUAGGACCUUCCAGGCUUGCGUUGGGUAGCAGCUCAAAGGGCCACCAUCCAGUGGAGUCCUGGUUCAGGAUGGGCAGCUCUGAAACGGACUACUCCAAGCUUUCGCGGAAUCAAAUAGCACCUGGCCAGGGUUCUUUCUCAGAUGGACGGGCAGAAGACCCAGCAGCCUGCUCGGACAGCGAGGACGAGGAGCCUCUCACCCCCACAGAGGAUGUAGAAGCCCACGAUUCUCCGAAUCUGACAAAUCUGUUUGCGUCUGCUCUCACCCGCACUUCAAUGAAGGUGGGCAGAAGCAGAAAGUCUGAGGGAGUUACAGAGAGCUCCGGCUUCUCCCACAUGGACCGAUCGAUGAGGAAGGAUCGCUCAGCAUCAGCAGAGAGGAGAGAAUUAGGAUCAACAGGUAUCCAGACAAGAGGUGUUGCCCUCCCUACCUCCGAAGGGUCUGAAGGAUCUUUACACCACCGGCAGCAUCACCAUCACCAGUCGUCUCUCUUUCACUCCCAUGGCUCUGCCUCCUCCUCCCUCUCUCCCUCUCAGGACUGUUGCCUGGACGCCUCCAUGUCCCACCACUCUCAUCGGGCACAGCCAUCCAAACACAGCCUGCACCACGUCAACAAAAUCUUGCGUGCCAAGAAGCUGCAGAGACAAGCCCGUACAGGAAACAACGUGGUGAAGAAAAGGGGUCCUGGGCGUCCCAGGAAACACCCGCUGCCCUCCCCGCCGCCGUCUCCACCCCCCGUCGUGGAGGUGAAUCAGACCCGUCACAGGGACAGAGGGGGAGAACGGCUAGCGGGAGGAAGAGGGUGGGAUGGUGAUACUGUGACAGAUGCUAUUGAGUCAGUGGUCCAGGGCCAGCGUAGAAAAGGUCAGAAGAGGAAGCACUGGGACGGAGACGAGGAGGACGAGGAAGAGGUGGUAGAGGACGGGGAAGUUGAAGAGACGGAGGAGCCCUUGCCAGAAAGAGAGGAGAACCUGGGCAGCCUGGUGGCAAGGUCCCGGCCUGCAACGGGAAGAAGUUGGCUCACCCAAGAGGAGCUCCAGCACUUUCAUGGCUCAAUGGAAGGCAAGCCAGAUGGCCACUGCUCCCCGCAGCGCCCAGGCACCGUCUCCAGGGAACAAGCUCCACCCAUGCCCAUAACCAGCCAGCGGGAGAAAAGAGCAGCCAGACCUCCGAAGAAAAAGUUCCAGAAAGCGGGGCUGUACUCUGAUGUGUACAAGACCGAGGACCCUCGUAGUCAGCUUCUGCAGCUGAAGAAAGAGAAACUAGAAUACAUACCUGGGGAACAUGAACAUGGAUUGUUUCCUGCUCCUAUACAUGUUGGGAAGUACCUGAGGCAGAAGCGCAUUGAUUUCCAGUUGCCUUAUGACAUCUUAUGGUUGUGGAAACACGAUCAGCUUUACAAGAGGCCCGAUGUCCCCCUUUAUAAAAAGAUCAGAUCAAAUGUGUAUGUGGAUGUGAAGCCUCUUUCUGGUUAUGAAACGACUACAUGCAACUGUAGACCUGCUGAGGCCUCAACUGAGAAGGGCUGCCUGGACGACUGCCUGAAUAGGAUGAGCUUCGCUGAGUGCUCUCCCAGCACCUGUCCCUGUGGUGAUCAUUGUGACAACCAGCACAUCCAGAGACACGACUGGGUCCAGUGUUUGGAGCGGUUCCGCGCUGAGGGCAAAGGUUGGGGAAUCCGCACCAAGGAGCCUCUCCGCUCUGGACAGUUUAUCAUUGAGUACCUGGGAGAAGUAGUCAGCGAACACGAGUUCAGGAACCGUAUGAUGGAGCAGUACUUCUCCAACAGCGGACACUACUGUCUGAACCUGGAUAGCGGCAUGGUGAUCGACAGCUACCGAAUGGGCAACGAGGCACGCUUCAUAAACCACAGCUGUGAACCCAACUGCGAGAUGCAGAAGUGGUCCGUGAACGGGGUGUACAGAAUUGGUCUCUUUGCUCUCAAGGACAUCAGCAGCGGCACUGAGCUCACCUACGACUACAACUUCCAUUCCUUCAAUAUAGAGGAGCAGCAAGUGUGUAAGUGUGGCUCAGAGAGCUGCCGGGGCAUCAUUGGAGGGAAGAGCCAGCGUAUUAACGGCUUGCCUGGGAAAACGGGAAGCUCCCGGCGCCUGGGUCGACUCAAGGAGAAGAGGAAAUCCAAACACCAGCUCAAAAAACGAGAGGAAGAGUCAAGUGACAGCAACAAGUUUUACCCUCAUCUCAUGAAGCCCAUGUCCAACAGAGAGAGAAACUUUGUGCUGAAGCACCGAGUGUUCCUCCUGAGGAACUGGGAGAAGAUGAGGGAGAAACAGGAGAUGCAGAAGAGAGAGGGUGAGAGAGAGCGGGACGCGGGCAGCCUCUCCAUUUAUACGCGCUGGGGAGGAGUCAUCCGUGACGACGGCAACAUCAAGUCAGAUGUGUUCCUGACGCAGUUCUCAGCUCUGCAGACGUCGCGGUCGGUUCGCACACGGAGACUCGCUGCUGCUGAGGAAAACACAGAAGUCACACGCACUGCUCGCCUCGCACACAUCUUCAAGGAGAUCUGUGACAUGAUCACCAGCUACAAAGACUCCGCUGGCCAGACUCUCGCUGCUCCACUUGUGAAUCUCCCAUCCAGGAAAAGGAACAGCCAGUACUAUGAGAAGGUGCCUGACCCUCUGGAUCUGAGCACCAUCGAGAAGCAAAUCCUCACCGGCCAUUAUAAAACUGUUGAAGCGUUUGACACAGACAUGCUCAAAGUGUUUCGCAAUGCUGAGAAAUAUUACGGAAAGAAGUCAUCGGUAGGCAGGGACGUGUGUCGGCUGCGGAAAGCCUACUUCAGCGCCCGUCAUGAAGCUGCUGUCCAGAUUGAUGAGAUUGUGGGCGAGACUGCGAGCGAAGCGGACAGCUCUGAUUCGCUGGAGCGCGACCACGGCCACCACCACCACGGAGGAGGAGGAGGAGGAGGAGGAGGAGGAGGAGGAGGAGGAGGAGCAGGAGGAGGAGGGCCGGGGUCUCACGACAAGGACGACGACGUCAUCCGUUGCAUCUGUGGAAUGUACAAGGACGAAGGCCUGAUGAUCCAGUGUGAAAAGUGCAUGGUGUGGCAGCACUUUGACUGUAUGCGGUUGGAGACUGAGGUGGAGCACUACCUGUGUGAGCAGUGUGACCCUCGGCCAGUGGACAGGGAAGUGCCCAUGUUACCCCAGCCCGGCUACGCCCAGACUGGCUCUAUUUACUACAUCUGUCUCCUUAGAGAUGACCUGCUGCUGCACCAAGGCGACUGUGUGUACCUGAUGAGAGACAGCAGACGCACACCUGAAGGACAGCCCGUCAGGCAGUCUUACCGGCUCUUGUCUCACGUCAACCGAGACAAACUUGACAUCUUCCGGAUUGAGAAAAUAUGGAAGAAUGAAAAGGGUGAGCGGUUUGCCUUUGGACAUCACUACUUCCGUCCUCAUGAGACGCACCACUCUCCAUCGCGCCGUUUUUACCAGAAUGAGUUGUUCCGCAUGCCGCUCUAUGAGAUCAUCCCCCUAGAGGCGGUGGUGGGAACAUGCUGUGUCCUCGAUCUCUACACUUACUGCAAGGGACGGCCGAAGGGUGUGAAAGAGCAGGAUGUGUACAUUUGUGAUUACCGCUUGGACAAGUCGGCCCACCUCUUCUACAAGAUCCAUCGGAACCGCUACCCAGUCUGCACCAAGCCAUACGCCUUCAACCACUUCCCCAAGCGACUCACACCCAAAAGAGACUUCUCGCCUCAUUAUGUUCCCGACAACUACAAGAGGAACGGCGGCCGGUCGGCCUGGAAAAGCGAACGACCCAAAGAAUCCGGAGGCUGCGAGGAUGACGGCUCCUCCUGCGACCGCGGUGAGGACUUUCCCCCCGAGGCGGAAGACGGGAGGGGAGUGGAGGACGACAUGGACGUGGCUACGGAGGAUUCGGAACUGCUUUCGGCCAAGUCCAGAAGAGCGGAGCGCGAAAGAGAGGGGGAUGAGGAGGAGGAGGAGGAGGAGGAAGAGGAGGAAGGACAGGAGACCGAGGAACGCAAGGAGCUGGAGGAAGCGUCCACUGAGAGGAUAGGAGAGAUGCUCGAGCUGCCGUCGUCCUCUGCUUCAUCACCUCUUCACCACCCGGCGCUGGGCAGGAGGGAGGCUCAGAGGGAACGACUCAAUAAGAUUCUGCUGGAUCUGCUGCACAGAACACCCAGCAAGAACGGUGAGGGACCGGGAACAAAGCAGGGGGCCAUAGAUGUCACUUAUCUCCUUGAGGAAGGUGCAGGGCGGCGGCUACGGCGGCGGACACUCGGAUUCGGUGAUUUCGUUGGCAGAAAAUGACGUUUCUACGUGCCUGUCAAGCACACUGCCUUUCACCAUAGUGAGCAAAGGGCAGAAAACGGAGAGACAGCAAGAAGGGAAAUGAGCAUUGUUGGUUAUCCUGCCAUUAAGGACCACAAUGCAUCCCUGGGGGCCUCUUCCAGUUUACCUCUUCCAAGACUGUCAUCUCAACUCUGAGAGGGUGGAGGGGGUUUGGAAGCGCUGACUCCAUGGCAAUUUCAGCUUUUCAAGGGUUCUCAAGGAGCACAAAGAAAGCUGACGCAGACUUCUGGCUUAUUUAAGUAGUAUCAUGCAAAACAUGUUUAAAAGAGAUAAAAGAAAAAAAAGAAUAUAGGAGAAAAACCCAUGCACUUAAAUGCAUUGAACAUUACAAACAUGGGUCGAUGAAUUCCACUAGCUAGCAUCAGAAAUGAAACAAGUGGUACUGAAUAAGGAUGGAUAGAGGGGGAGGGAGGGCUUGUUUCAGUCAGUGGGGAUGUGAAUGCUGGAGAAUUGUUCCCCCUAGUGGGACCUAGCUGCAAUGGAAAAAAAAAUAAAAAAUGAAACGGAUGGGAGGAGAUCUGCGCCGGGACCGUGGGGGGAAAAUGUCAUAGGAGAAAAGUUAAGAUGAGCAGUGUGCUCAGAUGCUGCUCUUGAGAAAGAGAGAACUAGGGUGGUGAACUGCACUUUUGGUACCAUGGCUAUUGUGAAGCUCUGUGUAAUGUAUCUAUAAUAAAACACACUAACACUCUCAGUAUUGGAUGAUGCAGUUUGACGAAAAAAAAAAGAAAAAAAAAGCGAGUUUAAAAAGUCUAUUAUCUUUUUCCUGUUAUACUGUAGUAAACUCAUUUAGGAACAGAAGAGGCCUGUGGUGUUUUUAGAGGAGAGGAAAGGGAGGGAGGGGAAGGUUGAGUGUGCGCUUUUUUGUCAGUCAAAAGGAUUUUGUUAUUAUUUUUUACUUUCACGUGAGGCAGUCAGCUUCGCCCCUGGUUUUUGAAGUAACAUGAUUCACCAGCUUAACUAAAUCAGGCAGGGACGGGGGACACCGGCUCCAACUGUAACGCCUUACACAGCCGUGCUCCGACUGCCUUGCGUGCGAGUGUGUGCGUGUCUGUACUCUGCCAGAUUUCAUGAAAAAAUGUACCUUUUUAAAAAAAAAAAACUGACAAAAAAUUUAAGGGCUCGAUGGCAAUUAACAGUUUUAAGAAAACUAUGGAAAAACAAUACUUAACAUGAAAUGUAUCGUGAUGGUCAUAUUUUCUUAUAUUCUGUGACGGGUGGGGAGGUGUAACUGUAUAUUGGGAAUGGGAGGGAUUCAAGAUCCUUUUUUUUGUCUUCUGACUAUGUUCCUGGUUGCCAUGGAGAAUGUUUUAAAAAAAAAAAAAAAAAGAAAUUGUGAUAUUUGAUGAGAUUUCUCCCCCCGCCCCGCCCCCCCCUCAAAAAAAUGCCUCUGCUAAAAGGGGACCGUCUGCAAUGUCCCAGUGUGGUAAACUGACAGAGACGUGGUGAGAAUGAGACACUGAUGGAGGGAGAGAGGGAACAGGAAGCUGAAGGCCAACAGUGCCAAGUUAUGUAAAUAUACACACUUUACAUUGAGGAGUGUCUCUAAAAGCAAUAUCUUGAAAAAUGGAUUUUGUUUAUUAUUGUACUGUACAGGACUCAGCCCUAAAUGUAUUAUGAUUAUUAUUAUUAUUAUAAUAUUAUAAUUUCUUCCGUUUGUAUUACUAUAAUGAAGACACUUAAGCUUGGAGGAAAAUGAUUUUUUUAAUGUCCAGAAUAUCUCACCGUAACUGUCCUGAUGACAUAAAAACUUAAGCUGAGUUUUCGUUGCCUAUAAAUAAAAAUUCAUCUAUGUACUGCAUGAGCGAGAAGAAUGUCAAAAAUGGACACAGAAGGCAUUUGGACAUGACAGUGACUCAGCAACGACACCUUUGUCGCUGAAUAUUGUUAAUAAUAUUACUUUUUGAGGAGAAAUGUACUCCUUGUUUUUUGCUGCAAAGUGUUGAACACUAAAAAAACAAACCAACAUAAAAAUGUUAAUGAUAUUUUUAAACGGUGACAGACACAAAAGAAACAUCUGUCAGCCCAAUAUCAUGUUAUUAUUUUUUUGUUUUUCUUUCAAAUAGGAAGCGGUUCCGUUUUGUGAUAGCGGUCAUUGUAUGAUGCUUGUACUUGUAUUUGUGUGUUUUGUGUGAUUCGUUUAGUUAUUUUUAGACAAUCACAAAAUAAGAUGCAAGCAUUGUAAAUGGCAGACUGGCGGACAUUUUGUGAUGUGUACAGUUUGUCAAAAAAAAAAAAACCUUCUUCCACUCGUUGAAAGUUUGUAAUUAUGAUUCUUAAGUCAUGGAAAAAAAAUGCUGUUGGUUUUUACUUUUUGUUUUAUAUUUGUUUUUGUUUUGUUUGUUUUUUGUUUGUUUUUUUUUUUUUAAUAAAAAGCACUACAUUAUUGUGAA